AAAAGUUCAACAUCUCCUACCUAAACCCUAACGAGCUAACCGAUCAGCCAUUGUGUCCAUUGCUGGCCGAGAAGGUUAGUUGGAGCUGCUUGCAGGUCCUUGACGAGUACAAGGCCGUCGUAACUGUGCGAUACUGAUCAACUGAGAUCUCGUGGGCCGCGCGUGCAUGGCUGUGCUGUCGUCUGCGAAGGGCGCCGUUCUCCCGGGAGCUUGCGGCGGCCGAGCCCUGGCCCUGACGAGGGUCCUGGGGAGCGGCCUCCGCGGGGCGUUCGCAACGAUGGUUCUUCCUCCUGCCGCCAUGGCAAUGGGAUCAAUGUUCAGAGCUUGCAGUAACCGCCUUCUUUUCGCUGCUCUCAACACGCAGGCCGGAGGCAGCGGCUCGCUUCUCCCGCACCGGUGGGCGUCGUCGCUGCCACAGCCGGACCCCGUCGACAGGUCCGACGAGGACGGCGGCGGCGACAUCGACUGGGACAACCUCGGGUUCGGGCUCACCCCGACCGAUUACAUGUACGUCAUGCGGUGCUCACUGGAAGACGGCGACGGCUUCUCCCGCGGCGAGCUCAGCCGCUAUGGCAACAUCGAGAUCAGCCCCUCCUCCGGCGUCCUCAACUACGGCCAGGGGCUGUUCGAGGGGAUGAAGGCGUACCGGCGGCCGGACCGGGCGGGGUACACGCUGUUCCGGCCGGAGGAGAACGCGCGGCGGAUGCAGCACGGCGCGGAGCGCAUGUGCAUGCCGGCCCCCUCGGUCGAGCAGUUCGUCCACGCAGUCAAGCAGACCGUCCUCGCCAACAGGCGCUGGGUGCCACCGCAAGGAAAGGGAGCGCUGUACCUCCGGCCCCUGCUCAUCGGGAGCGGCGCGAUUCUUGGGUUGGCUCCGGCUCCCGAGUACAGGUUCCUGAUCUACGCCGCACCAGUAGGAACGUACUUCAAGGAGGGCCUCGCGCCGAUAAACCUGGUGAUCGAGGACGGCAUCCACCGCGCGAUGCCUGGCGGGGCCGGCGGGGUCAAGACGAUCACCAACUACGGACCGGUGCUCAAGGCGCAGAUGGACGCCAAGAGCAAGGGUUUCUCGGACGCGCUAUACCUCGACUCGGUCCACAAGAGGUACCUGGAGGAGGUAUCCUCGUGCAACGUGUUCGUCGUCAAGUGCGGCGUCGUGGCCACGCCGGCCACCAGGGGCACCAUCCUGCCGGGGAUCACGCGCAAGAGCGUCAUCGAGCUCGCCAGGGACCGCGGCUACAAGGUUGAAGAACGCCUCGUUUCCGUCGAUGAUUUGAUGGAUGCGGACGAGGUCUUCUGCACGGGGACGGCGGUGGUGGUUGCUCCGGUGUCGACAGUUACUUACCAGGGACAGAGGUACGAAUUCAGAACUGGCCCAGACACGGUGUCGCAGGAGCUGUACACGACUCUGACAUCCAUUCAGAUGGGCCUGGCCGAGGACAAGAAAGGAUGGACGGUAGCAAUAGAUUAAGGUGACAGCGCCGGGGGAAGAGCCUCGAACAUUCAUCAUUGCAGACAAGACAUUGGUCCCCUUCGAAAAGUUGUCAGUGCUGAGGCGUGAAGAUUUGAUGCGCAUUGAUCUUCCAUGACAACCCUGCAUCGACAUUUACAUUUCAUUGUACAUCACAGGCCCUGA